CAUGUAAAAUGUAAUUCUAAGUAUAUGUCAGCAAUGACAUUUAUGUACAGCAGUGCAGCGAGGAAUGCAAUGAUCUCUACAUUGGAGAAACUAAGCAGCCAUUGCACAGGCACAUGGCGCAAUAUCAGCGGGCGGCUUCUUUAGGUCCAGAGUUAGCAGUUCAUUUGUAUCUCAAGAAGAAGGGACAUUCCUUCGAGGACAACGACAUCCCAAUUCUGGGUAGGGAGGACCGUUGGUUUGAAAGAGAUGUACAAAAAGCCAUUGAUUUUAAACAAGAGAAGCCAUCUCUAGGUCACUGAUGGUGUAGUGGUACACUCGCCUGACUUUGGUGCAGGCAGCGUGGGUUCAGUUCCCACUCAGUGACGGUAUGAGUGCGAAUGGUUGUCCGUGUCUAUAUGUGACCUGCUGGCGACCAGUUCAGGGUGUAGACUGCCUUUUGCCCGAAGUCAGCUGGGAUAGACUCCAGCGCCCCGCGACCCUAACCAGGAUAAGCGGUGUUGAAAAUGGUGGAUGGAAGCCAUCUCUGAACACAGAAGGAUGUUUGAGGUUUCACCGAUCAUCUGCAUAUAACAAUGUUCUGAGAUCCCUCCCCGAAAGAUUGCCGCAUUCUACGGGAAGAGUGGCCCGAACGAGCUGUUUUGCCACAAGGCGAGUGAAGACCAAAUGGUGUGCAGGACGGUCGUUUCACUAACAGAGCCAUAAGACCAUUUCUUGGAGCUCAAUUUGCCUGAAUUUGGUAUUUUACAAAGAUGUCAUUUUAUAAAAUUGUAUUUAUUAUGUUUUAGAUUAAGUGAUAUUGUUCAGCAAUGUCUGAAUUUGCACAUUCAUAUUUUUAGUUUUUUUUUUAAAUUUAAUUUGACGUUCCUCGUCUGAUUUAAAAAAUAAAUCAGCAGUUACUCACUUGUUACUCAGUACUUGAGUAGUUUUCUUUACUGAGUACUUUCUCACUUUACCCAAGUAAUUAUUUGGACUACUUUUAAGUUUUACUUGAGUCAUAUUAUUCAAAAGUAACAGUACUAUUACUUGAGUACAAUAUUUGGCUUCUCUUCUCACCUCUGGUAAUAGCUAUUUUUAAUGUAAUUACAGAUCAAAGUAUAUUGAAACGUGUUUUUCCCCCAAUUAUCUUAGCCAGUCGGUGUGAAUGGUUGUUUGUUUACGUGCCCUGUGAUUGGCUGGCAACCAGUUCAGGGUGGACCCCGCCUCUCGCCCGAAUACCGUGACCCUAGUGAGGAGAAGCAGUUCAGAUAAUGGAUGGAUAGUCACACUGAACAGAUCUUCAACUGAACUGAGUGAUUUUUAUUUAUUUUAUUUUCCCGCGAUCAAUGCAGCCUGACAGUUAAGUUCAGUCAUUUCUCAGCUUCCGCGCCACGUGACCAUCCACUUCCGUCUCUCUUCUCGCCACUCACGGCGAACGGCGAGGCUACAGGACAUUUAAAUUCGAUAUUAAUGACAAACUCAUAAUACAAAAGAGAAUGUGUCAUCGGCUUGAAGAUAUUAUGAAGCUGUGCUGUGAGUUAUCUGCUGAUAAGCAGAUCCAGACCACAGUGAAGGGUUCCAGCAAGGGUGCAGCAACAGCUGGAGGCCUGGCCUUUGCUGGUGGCUUGGUUGGGGGUCCUCUUGGUAUUGCAGUAGGCGGUGCUGUCGGAGGCCUUCUUGGCUGUUGGCUGACCAGUGGUCAGUUCAAACCUCUUCCUCAGGUCAUUAUGGAGCUCAGUCCUCAGCAACAGCAGAAGUUGUACGCUGACCUGAUUGCCAUCCUUGGGGACAUUCAGUGGACUGAUGUGGCGCAGCUCACUGCUCUUGUCAUGAGCAACAGUAGUCUGAAGCAGCAGCUCACGGCGGCCCUUCUUGGCUAUGUCACCAAGGAGCUCCAAGCAAAUGUGCACUAUGUGGAUUAGUGUGCGAGUCCUCAGGCUCCACACCCUGACUGUUUGAAAAGGACAUGACUUUUAGUGUCUGCACAUACAGAGGCUUCGAAAUGCUUUCCAGAAACAACAGUAGAGAUACCAUUUUAUACUGAUGACACAUUUAUUUCAAUUUAAUCAGCUCUCUGGCAUUGCAUUUUAUUUAUUUAUUUAUUCAUCCAUUCAUCCAUCUUCUGUACCGUUUAUCCUCACUAGUUCCGCAAGUGUGCUGCCGGCCAUCUCAUGACUCUGGGUGAGAGGCGGCGUACAUCCUGAACUGGUCACCAGCCAAUCGGAGGGCACAUGUAGACAGACAACCAUUCGCACUGACAUUCACACCUAUGGCUGCUUAAGUGCCUGGGGAGUACUGUAUUUUCACGACCAUAAGGCGCACUUAAAAGUCUUAAAUUUUCUCCAAAAUGGACAUGGCGCCUUAUAAUCCGGCGCGCCUUAUGUGUGCACCGAGUUCCAACAUCUAUGGUCUGUUGGUGCAUUUGCUCUCAAGCUGAUGUUUUAAACUUUUUUUUUUUUUUACCUAUAUUCUUUCUGCCGGUGUCUUGAACCAGAGUCCCCACAGUGGCAGGUGAUGAUCUCAACCACUUGGCCUACGGCUGCUCCCCGCUAAGAUUAUCACCACUAAAUCCCCAUCCUCAUUGUUUUCAGUUUUAUCUCAUUGUGACUUUACUUUUAAUAGAAUAGAACUUUCACUGUUACACUUAUAUCACUCUUGUAAACACUGAAUGCUUUCAUUGUUGAAAAGGAAGCCAUGUCCACAUUAUGAGUUGAUAGUGUUGUCUGUACUAGUUUAAUGAGAAAUUUCAUCCAUCAUCCUCUGAUGUUGCUAACGAGGUAACCAACAUAUUAGAAAUUGCUCUCAGUACGAUGCAUUGCAGUUUUACACCAUUGUAAACUACAAACUUAACUUUAUACAUUGAAUAAGUUAAUACCUGUAGCCUUCCAUCCAUCCAUUCUCUGUACACUAACUCUCAGUAGGGUCACGGGUGUGCUGGAGCCUAUCCCAGUUGACUUUGGUUGAGAGGCGGUGUACACCCUGAACUGGUCGCCAGUCAAUAACAGGGCAAAAAUAGACAAAGAACCAUUCACAUUCAAAUUGCCAACAAAGGGCAAUUUAACAUCUUCAAUUAACCUACCAUGUAUGUUUUUGGGAUGUGGGAGGAAACCGGAGUAACCUAGAGAAAUACUACGCAGGCACGGUGAUCAAAUGAAAAUGCCACACAGGAAGGCCGCAGCCCGGAUUUGAACCCACGACCUCGACAAGGCGGACACGCUAACCAGUCGGGCACUGCUCCACCAUACCUGUGUCCAAUGUGAUUUAAAAUUGAGCAUUAAUAUCUUUGGAAAGGCAGAUGUUUUGAUACACUUCUUGUAUGAGACAUUAGUUUGCAAGUAAUCAGCUUUUCUUCUCAUAAAAGUUUGUGAAACAGGUUCACAAUUUAGCCAACUUGUUUGUCAAAAAACCUGGCAUUUAUUUCUGUAUGAUUAUCGAACAUGGUGGACGACUGGUCAGCACAUCUGCCUCACAGCUCUGAGUUCAUGGGUUCAAUUUGGCCUCCCUGUGUGGAAUUUGCAUGUUCUCCCUGUGCCUGCGUGGGUUUUCGCCUGGUAUGCCGGUUUCCUCCCACAUUCCAAAAACAUGCAUGGUAAGUUCAUUGAAGACUAAAUUGCCCAUAGGUGUGAAUGUGAGUGCGAAUGGUUGUUUGUCUAUCUGUGCCCUGCGAUUGGCUGGGGACCAGUUCCCCGCAUCUUACCCAAAGUCAGCUGGGAUAGGGGCCAGCACAUCCUUCGCCCUAGUGAGAAUAAAAAUCACUAUGAAAAUGGAUGGAUAGCUAACAUAUCCAUUGCAGUGGUGAGUGGUCAAAGCCACAAAGGCAUUCUUCACUCCUCACUAUGAGAAGUGCUGACCUACAUUUACAACCUCAAUUCUAAAGUUUGUUCCAUGAAAUUGCAUAAAUGUAUUACCAAAAGUUUAUUACUUUUUUUUUGGUCCAAUCAAGAGUUCAGCCUCCAUGUGCUGCCAUGUCAAUCUAAUGUGCCCAGUGAUGGCCGAUGUAACUUAGCAAUUGGACUCUUUGACCAAUUAAAUUUCCAAUUUCUUCAAGCGA